UUCACACUUGGAGGGGGGAACCCGGAGUCCCUCAACGACGGAAUAGUCCUGAGAGGGAACGCCGAGGGCGCACAGGUGACGACUAAGCGGACAACUGAGUUUUAGUGGACUAGACAGUCAGCAGCCAUGCAGAUCUUCGUGAAGACCCUCACGGGCAAGACUAUCACCCUUGAGGUGGAGUCGUCCGAUACGAUCGACAAUGUGAAGGCCAAAAUUCAGGACAAGGAGGGAAUCCCUCCCGACCAGCAGCGCCUCAUCUUCGCCGGCAAGCAGCUGGAGGACGGCCGCACCCUGGCGGACUACAACAUCCAGAAGGAGUCAACCCUCCACCUGGUGCUCCGCCUUCGUGGUGGCGCGAAGAAGCGCAAAAAAAAGCAGUACACCAAGCCCAAGAAGCUUAAGCACAAGAAGAAAAAGGUGAAACUCGCGGUGCUGCAGUUCUACAAGGUGGACGACAGCGGCAAGGUGCAGCGCCUGCGCAAGGAGUGCCCGAACCCUGACUGCGGCCCGGGUACCUUCAUGGCCAACCACUUCGACCGCCAUUACUGCGGCAAGUGCGGGCUCACGUACGUGUACAAGAAGGAAGGCGGUGACGAGUAGAGUGGCUGGUGCUGAGUGAUGUGGGGAGGCAGAGGUGCUGCUGACCAGAGUGGUGGAUUGGGGUUGUGCUUGCUGUGCCAUGUCUAGGCGUUGCGUAGCUUGUACCUGCUCCUUUCCUGUCUGGAACAGAGUCGCUGAAUCAUGAGAGUUAUCUAAUAUUGGGUGAUGUUGGGAAGUAUGUCAUCUACAGCCUGCUACCCACCUUCGGUCCCAUAUCUCGUGUACCCCAGGCGCAGCUAGUUUCCCCCGGCAGCUAGUAAUCUGCAGCGCACAAUACGCAAUGCACUUACGUUGUAACGACAAAGUUACUAUACAGGCUUACCUUAGGGGGUUGGAAAAUGUUUGGGCAGGGAGGUAGAAAGUUGAGGAAUGGGGGAGUGAGCUGCAGGUGAGCAAGCACUUCGCCAGUUUUUUUCACGAACUAUGUUGUCGUUAUCGGCGAAGAAUCUCGGGUAUCCCACUUUCGCGGGGGGAAAAUGUCUCGCAAACUGCUGUUCUGAAAUUCGAGUUUCCUUUUUCAAUCCCACCGUCGGCAGACUGAAGAAGUGCCACUCUUUUCCUAUGACGCAGCUUUGCUCGUGUUGGUGGUACCUCGUAUUGACUACCAACUGGAGAGCCUGACGUAAGAACCGGGGUAUCGAACUGACUAGUACUACCAUACGGUCAUUGUGUGGUUCUUCUUUUGUCUUCGUAGUCUCUGCGUGGUAAUACCUUACCGAACGUGCCGGCUCACCUCGUCCAUCACCGUUCACGCGUUGCUCCGACAGAGAUACGAUCAUCGUUGCGUCUGACAUUGCACCUGCACGCCCAAGUCCUUCCACUCGAGCACCGCCGGUGUUUACGGCCAUGCCACGUGGCACGCGGGUCGCCAUUACGAAGCAUGGCGGCCGCGAUUCGCGCCUGCUAUCGCUCCCAGACGAGCUCCUCGAUGCCGUUCUCAGCCGCGUCGACCACCCCUCCGAUCGCUGCAGCGUCGCGCUUACCUGCUCGCGCCUCCGCCGCAUCUCGCGCUGCACGCCUCACGUGCUUCGCGUCGAGUUCAUGUCGUACCAACGGCCGGGACGCUUCAAAAUCCGCGGAUGGCUGAGCGAUUUCGACGAGAAAUCGAGGGUAUUUCCCCGCAUUACCAGCCUGACCGUUCACGUGACAAACACCCUGCGGGACUACUUACUGGCGGGCAUCGGCGCGGGCUGCGCGCGCCUGGAAGAGCUGAGCCUGCUGGCGCCGCAGUGGGUGUACUUUGACAUCACCUCUAGCGGGUGGCGGACGCUUGCGCGGGGAUGCCCCCUGUUGACUCAUCUGGAGCUCGACUCCCGUCAAGCCCGCUCCGCUUACCGCUACAAGGAUAGGACCGCCCUGCCGCCCCUCUGCGCCUUCCGCUCUCUGCGCUCCUUCACCCUCCGCUUCCCCGCGAAGGACAUCUCCCCCCUCCUCCGCUGCUCCUCCCUCACCGCCCUCUCCCUCUGGCAGCCCACCGGCGGCUCCCUCGCCCUCCUCGCCUCCCCCUCCUCCUCCGUCCGCCAGUCCCUUCAAUCCCUCACUCUCUAAUCCGCCAGCCUAACCAACUACCUGCCCUGCCUCUCCUCCUUCACCCUCCUCUCCUCCCUCUCCCUCCACUCGUGCUUGUUCAACCCAUGCGAGCUGCACUCCCUCUCUCGCUCCAUCCACGCCCUCACCCACCUCACCAUUGACUCCUGCCCCCUCGUCUGCAGCCGCGCACUGGCAGCCAUGGUUCGAGCCAACCCCGCCCUCUCCUCCCUCUCCCUCACCGGCUCCUCUUACCGCCUCUUCAGCGCCAGAAGGCUGUCAACCGUGCUACACAUGCCGUAUAGCAAGCUCGACACGCUCACGCUCUCAGGGCUGCCUUCGUUCCGCCCUGCCAUGCUUGCUGACUGCAGCAGUCUGCGAUGCCUGACUCUGAAAGGGGCAGAGGGGUCGCUGGAAGAGCUUGUGUGCAUGCUGGUGAGGGUGGAGACGAGGGUAUGGGAACGGGAGGAAUGGGGGGAGGGAGGGGAGGGAGGAGAGGAGGGAGAUGGCGAGGUAGUUAUUGACAGCCAAGAGGGAGAGGGCACGGUUGCCGUUCCAGCAGCAGCAAUGGCCGCGGGAGCAGCAACACCAGCCCAAGCAGCAGCAGCAGCAGCAGCAGCAGCAGGAGAAGCCGCACCAGCAGCACCGGAGAAGAGGGUCGGAGAACGUACGUCGAUAUCCGUGCAGGAGCAGCGGCGGUGAUUGCGGAUUUAGCCUCGUCUUUGGACGAUGUUGGCAAGCUGUUCAAAGCAGCCAUGGAGUGCCUGCCCCGUGCGCGCUCCGCAGCCCAUUCCGCGCGGCACUCUGAGUCGCUCUACUCCAUCAAGAUUGCCAAUAAGAGGGCUGUUACUGCCAUCUCGGCCUGCCAGUCCGCCUGUGCAGGGGCGCAGGAUUUCAAUAUGGCCAGGAGGAGGCAAUUCGCUAUCAAGCGCGCCUUUAGUGCUGCUCAAGCUGCAGGGAUUUUCAGAGAGAAUGCUAGCUUAAACAGCGGAGACGAUGACGAAGAAGAAGAGGAAGUAGACGAAGAAGAAGAGGAAGAAACGGGGUUGGGAGAAAGAGGCUUGGGAGCAUUCUCACAAUUGCUGCUCACUGAUGAAGAGUAUACGGCUGGAGCAGCGCCAGAGUUCAUAGGUAACAUGGUGGAGUCGGAGCCCGGUGCUGACGACGCACCCGAGGCGUCGCGGCCGCAGCUGCUGGCUGUGCUGGACGGGCUCGAGGCGCAGAUGCGCACGCACUCCUCUGCACUGAAUGAGAGUUUUGAAGCCCUGCGCGCGCAGAUGAUUGCUCAGGAGAGGAGUGAGCCUGCGCUGGUAGUGGCUGGGGAACUAGCUGCAGCUGCGCUGCGAGCAGCCACACUGGUGGCGCCAGCAGCCGCGGUUGUGGUUCCAGCAGCUGCCGUUGCGGUGCCAGCAGCAGCUGGGCCGCCAGCAGGGUUUGUGGUGGCAGCAGCGGUUGGGAUGGCAGCAGCGGUUGGGGUGGCAGCAGGAACCCCAGGAGGGAUGCAGCAGGUUCAAGGGGGGGUACACGGGGAGGGAGUGCAAGAGCAGGGAGGACAAGGGGAGGAACCUCCUCAAGAGGAGGGGACUGGAGGGCAGCCAGGCAGCAGGCUCGCAGCAGCUGAAGCAGCCCAAGGAAUGGAAAGGGCAGUACCUGUGGAAGUGGCAUGCCCUUGCCUCGACUCCCUGGUUCUAGAGAAUAUCCAGUUUCUCCCUACCCUUGAUUCUUCUUGGCUGCCUACAGACCUUCCGUCUACAUCCCCGCCCAUGUGCCUUGCUUCCCUUAUCUCCGCUUCCGCCUCGCGCCUCUCACCUUCCUCUUCCUUCCCUGGUUCCUCCCCGAGCCUUACAGUUCAGAACCACUCGUUUGAGAGCAUUGCGUGGGCGGCGGUGCUUGGGCGGCUGAAGCGGCUGGCACUGGUGCAUUGCAGAGAGGUGGGGGAGGAGCAGCUGAAGGGGGUGCUGCAUGCAUGCCAGUGGCUGGUGGAGCUGAGGGUGGAGCACAGCGAGGCCAUGUCUGACGCACUGCUGCUUGCAACCACACUCCACACCCUCACCCAUGCCACUCUGGUUGACUGUGACUGGGUCACUUCUGCUGGCAUCACAGGGGUGCUUGGAAGUUUUCCUGCAUUGAGGCAUUUGAAGGUGGAAGCGGACAAGGUUCCUGAAAGGGCUCGAAGGAACCUGCUUCGUGCUGGCGUCGUGGUGAGGGGGAUGUGAGUUUGUAGCUGAUGCAGUGGGCAUGGCAACUGAGAGGGGGAUUUGUGCCUUUGCUGUGGUGUAGAGUGCUUGAAUGUUUGUGCCUCAUUUUGGUGGUGCUCAUGGAACCAGGUUGUUAAUUGC